AUGUCGCACUCUACACCCAAGUCCGAACCCGAAACCCGGCCCUGCUCGGCAUGCCAUCAUCCUCCAAGCAAGCUCCGCGGACCUACGGCAGCCAUCACAAGCCUCAGUGCCCUACGCCAAGGGGCAGAGUCCGGAUGUCUCUCGUGCUCUGUGUUGAGUGCCGGCAUUGAUGGCGUCAUUGGUGAUGAUUUGCCCCUGGACGGGCAGCUUCAAGAUGCCGUCGAAAGGCUCCGUAUGGACAUGAAUAUGACGGCAUCAGGGCAGAGUCUUAACUUGACCCUCUUUAAACGCCAGAUGGAGAUUUCUGUUUUUGCUCCCCCACCAUCCAAACCACCGGAGCUUGAGAUCUUGUUUCCCAAUGUGCCAGUCGGAGUCUUAGAUCUACCUAAAACCACAAACUCUGAAGCUAGUUUCCAAUGGGUAGCAGAGAAACUCAAGCAAUGCGACAACAGCCAUGGAUGCCAUGGGAGACACUCUAGCGUGGCAGCGAUCCUGCCGAGGAGAAUCCUUGACGUUGGUCCUACAGACGGCAGCCUCGUUCGCUUAAGAGAAAUCGAUGCAGAGGACACUACGGUGUCAAAGUAUGCAUGCCUGAGCCACUGCUGGGGCACGUCACGGCCUUCGAGAACAUUAGCGGCAAACCUCGAUUCGCAUAAAGAAGAGAUCCCAUGGGAUUCGCUGCCGCCCGUUUUCCAAGAUACUAUCGCCUAUGUGCGUAAACUAGGGAUAACUCUGUUAUGGAUUGACAGUCUCUGUAUCGUACAAGAUGACAAAGAAGAUUGGAGAAUGGAAGCUUCCAAGAUGGCAUCGAUUUACCAAAAUGCAUAUCUCGUAAUCUCUGCAUCAAAGUCUCACAACUCGGAAGAGAGUCUUUUUGGCGGCAUUGAUGGAGAGUCGAAUGCUACCAUAAUCCCUAUUCCAUCUUCAAGUCAGGGAUCUGCAUUAUGCUUUCGCAAAUCAUUUACACAUUUGCCUGGAUACAUGGACCAAAGGCUUGUCAAGAAAUCCCCUCUUCCGACUUUUAAUCGCGGGUGGAUAUUUCAGGAACGCCUUCUGGCUUCGAGAGUCAUUCAUUUUGGGCCACAAGAGCUCUCAUGGGAAUGCCUGGAGGAAUCUGCUUGCCAGUGCACUGGUGCAUAUUCUUCUUCGACUGGCAAUGGAGCUGUUGAUACAGCUCUUACUAUGUCUGCGCAGCGGAUGCUGCAACCGAAAAUCAUUUAUAACCAAGGCUACUGGAAACAGCUAGAUGAAACGAGACUCAUCAAGGUCUGGCAUAUGUUGGUAGAAGAUUAUACAAGGCUUCAUCUUACUUUCGAGAGCGAUAUCUUUCCAGCAAUGUCAGGCAUCGCGAAGAGUUUCCAGCAAUACACAAAAUCGGAAUAUGUCGCUGGAAUGCCAUCCGUGAAAGAGGGCUCAAAGGCACCAUUUGACCUAUACGAACUUGGCAUUAUGAACAGGCAAGUGGGCAAUGUAUGGGCAGAUUACGACUCAUUUCUGCCGGGAAUCGAUCACGUUGCUUCUGGAACUCUUGUAAAAUGUUUAAUGCUCUCAACAAGUCCUGGCUCAGGUUCACUAACACUGCUUCUGUUGAACACGAUUAGCUACGAUGAGCAACAUUCUUGUGCCGUAUGGAAGCGGCUGGGUUUGAUCCAAUUAUCGAAACCUCCUACGGCACUCGGAGAUGCUAAGGAGUACUGGUUCGACGUCUUCAAAUCUCAUUUAACCGAUAUGGCACUGGUGAAGAUUAUUUGA